AUGUUCCAGACGCCCGUAACUCACUGGAACGCCGUGAGCCACGAAUGUACUAGAACAUUUCUGUACUUCCUAUAUAUACCCAACCUCUGCACUGCAGAAUUCCAAAGCAUUGUGAGGAGUGCAAGCAGAAAAAAUCGAAGCCCUAAUUUGGUACACGAAGUUUUCAUUUGUGCAGUCGAAAGUAUUAAAGGAAAAAUGUCUCUGAUUCCGAGCUUCUUCGGCAACCGACGAAGCAGAGCGUUCGAUCCCUUCUCGCUCGACGUUUGGGAUCCUUUGAGGGACUUCCCCAAUUUUCCUCAAUUCUCUCUGGAAAAUUCGGCAAUCGUGAGUGCUCGCGUCGAUUGGAAGGAAACCCCCGAAGCCCAUGUGUUCAAGGCCGAUCUGCCGGGAUUGAGGAAGGAAGAAGUGAAGGUGGAGAUUGAAGACGACAGAGUCCUGCAGAUCAGCGGUGAGAAAAACGCGGAGAAGGAGGAGAAGAACGAUACUUGGCACCGCGUCGAGCGCAGCAGCGGCAAGUUCGUUCGGCGGUUCCGGCUUCCGGAGAAUGCCAAGAUAGAUCAAGUCAAGGCCUCCAUGGAGAACGGUGUCCUCACCGUGACGGUGCCCAAAGAGGAAGUCAAGAAGACCGAUGUCAAAUCCAUUGAAAUUUCUGGCUAG